UGUGCUGUGUCCACCUCCUACCUGUUUUGCUCGCAAUGCUGUUUUGUCCUCGCUGCGCUGUAGCAGACCCCACACAGGAAAGAUGUCUUGGAAUAACAGGAUGCACGGAAUGUGUUUGCGAUCCAUGCUCCAAAUUGCCCACUGCGGUAAACACAAAUGACAUUUGCGUUGAAUGCACAAACGAUAAUCAACCAACUCGUUGCGUUUCAUCCCACUACGAUCGUGAGUGUACAAAAGUGGCAAAACAGCCGGAUCAGUGUCCACUCAGUCUAGCUAAUAUAAGCAAAAAAGGUAAUGGUUGUAAAGCGGUGCAAACACCACAAUUCAUUGUACAUCUUGAGAAACUGAGUAUUAGUGAUAUCAAUGGACUUGUAGACGCUGUUAAUGGUAUUCGAAUCUACGAAGUGUGGCUCAGUCUGUGCGGACUGGUAACAGACAAGCAAGCUGUUGAAAAGUGUGGUCAACAUUCUCCUAUAGUGAUCUUUGAACAGGACAGCGACUUGACCACGCCGUCACCGAGCCCACCUCGACCAUGUUCGAACAUCGGACAAAUCAAUGCGAAUCCUCCAGCAGUAGUUAACAGUACUAAUGGCGACAUCGAAAUCAGAAUCGACUACGGAACAACUGCUUGCUGCUUCAGGAAAACAAACUUGACAACUGCGGAUGUGACGAUUGUCUUGAAAAAGAACGACUGCCAAAAACAAUCAGUCGAAACUUUAGUUACGGCAGGAAACUUUGACAUGCUAAAGAAUUGCUCAGAGUCAAAUAAUCAUUUAAAAAUUGAAGUGAACACGUUAGUUCUUUGUGAUGGGAACAUAGAAUGGCGUCUUUCUCUAACAGAAUCUAAAGUCUUCUGCAAAAAUGAAGAAAGCAAUCACGUUUUGUGUACAAUUGUACUCAAACGUGAACUCGAUGGUAGAAGUGUGUCACCUUCUCUCUAUUGCCAAGAGAGGCUUCAUAUAUCUAUAAAGUACUAUCACGGACGUGAAGUUCGUAUGGCGUUACCCAAUCUGUCGAUGUUUGAUUCAAAUGGGACAUGUCAGUUUGCUUUAAACUCUACCAAUGUCUGCUGCAUAAGAGUGAUGUAUACAAAUUCGUGGACUCCUAGUAGACCGUUGAAAAUUAAUGGCACAGAUUCCUAUGAUGUCAAUUCAUGCAAAGAUCCACAUCAUGUGUGGAAAAUAGUGGGACUAAUCGUAGGGGUUAUGUUAAUAAUAGCAACAAUAAUAAUAAUAGCGGUAUUUGCAUUCAAAAGGAGAAGGACAUCUAAGGAGUGCAAUUUGCAUUCAGACAGCACAAACGCUAACAGAUCUAUUCAUUCUGGAGGAACGACAUCUAGUAGCGGUGGCACUUCAGCAAGCGGUUUCAGCAUACAAAACGAAUGUAGUGAAAGCGAAACAACUCCCUUGAUAAACAGUUCUAGAAACGGAACAGCAAGCAGAAUGGUUGCUGACAACAACGAAUCGACACCUCAACAAAUUUUGAAGCAGGAACAAGCCAACGAGAGCAGAGCGCCCAGGCAAUAUUUGGAUAAUGAGACAAGUGAAGAUUUAUCAACCGGAAUAGCAGAUGUACAAAAAUCACUGAACUUAGGCUUUCAACAAGUAGAAACAAGGGCAGACGAACGCUUAAACAAAAUGAAAACUGAGAUGGCACGAUUAUUAAGAGAAGGUGAUAAAGAAGAAACUGGCUCGGCUGCUGCUUGUAGCAGUAGUAUUAAACAAGAAAGUGACAAUUCCGCUGGUCACACUAGAGCUAAUACUACAAGUAGAACUACGUCUAAUGUUCAAGUCAAUAGGGAUACUGAGACAAACCAUAAUGCUGCAUAUGCACUAGAGCAAACAGCAGCAGAGUUCCUCGCUAAUCAACCUGGCUCUUUUGAGACAAAUACAUUGUCAAGUUACAGACCAGAUGAAAUAUACAUGCAGGCUAUAGUUUCAGACAAGCAGUUGUUUAAGAUUGGCAAGGCUGUAAGAAACAAAUGGUAUCAGAUUGGUAGUUUCCUUGAAGUAAGUCUGCAAGAUUUGCUUGAUAUCAAAAACGGAAGUCCAGAUGAUUUGGAUCGUAUUGCAAGUGUCUUCUUAUCCUGGAAGCAGCGAGUAAAAAGACCAACAAUUGGAACACUCUUGAAAGCAUGCAGAAAAGCAGAUGUUCAUGGAGCAGCAGAGAGAGCGUUGGAAGAAUCAUACAACAUCGAGCAAAUUCAGUGAUACGUCUGAACUAAUUUACGUACAUUAAUAUGUACAUAAAGCUGUACACAAAAUGUACGUUUGUGCGUUUUGUCUAUGUUUCGUAUUGUGCCUAUAUACAAUACAGUAAAAAAUGUUCGU